AUGAAGGAAAUUGGUAACACCCCAGGAGCGCCUAAGUGGUCCCUGAAGAGGUUAGGAAAAUCAGCCUGCUCAAAACAGCAAAAAUAAAAAGAUAAACUGGAUAAAUUCAUUCUCUGUUGAUAUUUUCCAUUCAAAUGAAUAAUAACUUAUUGUUUUUCGCAUGGUAAUGCUUUUACUCCUAGAGCUCAUAAAAAUAGACCACUUUGCCCUGUAGGGAUCACUUUAGCAAGCUUUUGUGACUUCUAUAAGAAAGGUAAAGUGAUACCUAGAGGGGAAUCAUCGAGAGCUCUUAAGGUUUCCCCUCUAGGGACCCCUCUGGAGGUCCUAAGGAAUAUAACACUCUGUUUGAGGUCAAGUAUUCGUUUCAUCCGUGUUUCGUGUGCUAGUUUUUGAGGAAAACCGGUCUUUUCAGAAAUAAAUAGCUUUACUUCACUAGUUCUCAAAAACUGAGAUUCAAAAAAAGGGUGACAUUGGGGAAAUUUUAUGGUUGAAAAUGUGGACCAACUCACUGGCCAGACUAUAUUUUCUGUUUUUCUUCGUACUUUUCGUUCGCUGUUUUCAAUUCUAAUAAAAACUAUAUUUUCAAAAGUCAAAAUGAUUUGGUAGCUGCAAGCUCCUGAUUCUAUUGUUUCAGCUACCAAAAAUAUUCAACAAUAGAAAUUCCAAAAACAUCUCUAGAGCCCAUUUUCUUAUUCUUCAAAAAAGAGGGAAACCUUUGGACGUUUUGAAAGCCACUCUAGCCUGCUCUGCAAGGCUUAGGAAAGACAAAAAAUCGUGACACGAAGGUUCGAAAGUGCGAAAAACAUGAAAUAUUUGCGCCACUCAAGGAGGAAGCAAAAAGAAAAACGUAGAAGAAGAGCCACGGCGUUGCUUUUUUUUUUGUCUCUUCCGAUUAUUCAAAGUGGGAGGCCUUCUUUUCGGGGUUUGCACAUUUCCAAAUUUAUUCAAAAAAAAAGGUUUGCAGCAGAAAAUCGAGAAGAGUGAUCUUUUUUGGUUAUUCCAGGGAAUAUUUGCUACAGUUUCUCAAAGGAAAAUUCAAGAAUUCUGAAAUUACUCAAAAAUUAAUUAUUUCAAUCAAAGAAUUCAAUGAAGAAAAUUAAAAAUCGUAAAUUUCUCAAGGCUGUCAAUGGAGCACACAAGGCUCAAUAAGCUGCGGCUAUUUUUUCCAAUGUAAAAAAGAUAUCCUACAGCUCUUCUGGUACCACAAACCAAAAUCAGAAUAACCAAAAAAUUAUGAAAUAUUCUUAUCAGCUAAGUAAGUCAAAUUGAUCUUUAUGAAAAACUGUUUCUCAAGAAAAGUCAGAUUAAUUUUUGGCACCUUUAUUAUUUCGUUGAAAUUAGGAACAUCAAAGUAGUCACUGAAGGGGCUGGUUCCCCUCAAGGGGCCACUUCAUCUACUCCCAUAAGGGGUUCUGAAGUGAAUUAAGGGAGUUUUAGAGCAUUAUAGUGGUCUCUAAACGUUUAUUUAAUUUUCAAAUGAAAGGAAAAAACUUAAAGACCAUCUGAGUUUUAAGGGGUCAGCGAAAGACUCGGAACCCCUAAAGAGACCACUUAAAUUUUUAACCCUCUAGUGCAAACCCUCUAGUGCACACUCUGGUGCUCUGUAUUCACGGUGUUCAAGACCUUCUAAAAACGUAAAAGACACAAAGAACAACGGCUGUCCCGACUCCUCAUAUCGUCGAUGGGAAUCAUGGCGGCGAUAUCUGCCUCGAUGGUCCACCAGGUGUUGUCAGGAGAUGGAGAUUGGCUCAUUCUCACCUUUUUCGGCAACGUCUUCUUCUUCUCUUUCUGAAAAUGCUCCUCUCUGGGAUCAACGUCAUUUUUAUAUUCUCAGGAGUACUACUGGUUUUUGGCAAGGUUUGUUCUACAUUCAAAAAAGCAAUGAAUUUCGAAUUUCACUUUGUGUUCAUUAUUUACCUUAAUAAUUUUUACCAUAUCAAAAAUAUUCUCAUUAUUUUCCUUGAGGUCGUUUUAUUUUACAGAAAUCCCCUCUCUCCAAUAUUUGCAAGUCUACAGAAGGUAUUUCCUGUACCUGCCACUACGAUUUCCGCCAAUUACAGGUAUUCACCAUUAAAAUCUUGGGUUUGCAUGAUUUCUACAAGAUCUCAAACUGCACUCGGACUGGAGAAUGGUCAAAUUGGAGCGAUUGGUCGCAAUGUCGUCGUGGGGAACGAAAAAGAAGACGAAUUUGCCAAAAUGCUAUAGGUUUCUUUAUGAAAAUUAUCACUAUUCCAAAGGAGAACCUUUAUUUUCAGGUUCACAAUGCUCGGGACCUUCUAAGGAAAAAGAGCCUUGUUCUGGGAAAAAAGAAAAGAAAAAGGUGGUUCCGAACUAUUUAUGGGGAAGUUGGACCGACUGGCAGCAGUGGUCCGAGUGCGACUGUGGCCGGGAUUUGACCACCAGGUACACAGUUGUUUUGAAAAAGUUAGCCAUGAUGGGAAUCAUUUUAUGAGAAAUUUUCAAGUAGUGUCAAGCAAAAUGAUGGGAGGAGCUAUUCUCCUUUAUCCAAAAUUCCGGGCUUUACGAGGCCAAGAUUGCAUACAAAACUUGUUGAGUCCUUUUUUCUUCCCGUAAUCGGGUUACGGUAGGCAGAUGACCUGCAUGCUCAAGAAUUGAAUAGUUUCGAAACUGAAUGAAUAUCAAGGAAACCGGGGGUCUUUGAACCUUCAAACUGUAUUUUUGACAGUUUCCAUUCGAAAAUUCGAGAAAUCCUGUUUUAAAGUUUCAAAAAAAACACAAGAUUACUUCUAAUAACACUAUCAAUCUCAAAAAAAGUUUUGUUAGGUGGUAUUUUUUAAUCAGUUUUAAUCAAAACCUACACGCCUGUCUGACUUCUCAGGGCCUUCUUUUCUCUCAAAAUUAGACCAUAGAAACAUAGAAAUAGCACAUAGAUACGAGAGCGUCGCGGAGAGAGCAGAUAACACAAAUAAGUCCGACUUUUUCAACUUUAGGCGAAUUAGAUACAGCUAUACUUCAUUCGUAGUCGCUUGAAAGUGUCUGGCUUCUCUGCACCCUCCUCAUAUUUCUCUGACCUUGUCGAUUAUUAAAAAAAGACGCAGAUAUUUCAUACUUUUCCGAGUUUCAUUGAGUUUUAAAACCUGAGAUUAAGGACGAGAAUCUGCCGCGGAGAGUCCUGCGAAGGUUGCGCCAAGGAAUACGCGAAUUGCGGCGAAAAAGCGUGUCCGUCGGCCAAAAAGUGGUCUCCUUGGACUGAAUGGUCCUCUCAGGGUUGGUAUCACUGGAAAAGAAAACAGUUUAGAAUAGUUGAUUAAGGAAGGAAAGAAAUAAGAUACACAGCGUUUUGCUCGACUUCGAGGCUCAACUUUGCCGAAGUCGGCUUUCGGACGGAUGAACGCUCGAAAAACUUCAGCGGUGAGCUUUAUUUGUACAUUGCAUAUUUAUAGAGACGGUUUUUCUCGAAUUUUUGUUUUGAAGUUCGAAUCUGGCCUGCGGCAUUGUCAGUUUGUGGGCGAAGCGGUAGAGAUGCGUUUUGGCGCCAAUUUUUAGAUUUCAAGCAUGUUUCCUGAUGAUAGUUAAAUCAAAUACUUUUAAAGAAGGCGCCCGGUAUUAUAAUAAACGAAUAAAGAUGAUUUGAAGAAAAAGUUUCCAUGAUGCGAAAAAUUUUGAAUUGGCGCCAAAACGCAUCGCGACCGCUUCGCACAUGAACUACAAAUGCUUUCUAGAAAAGUUGGAUCUUCGUUACAAUUUCAAGUAAACUUGGUCUUUUCAGCAUUUGAACAUAACUACUUGAAAUUCAAAAUCUGUACAGACUAUAACUUGAUACACAAUGAGAAUUUCUUCAGAAUAUCCAUAACAAUGGCUAUAUCACCCCUAUAUUUUAAAGCGACCUGGUCGUCGUGGUCCCUGCGAGCCGGCGUCGCCUUUCGACACCGUCUGACGUCAGCCUCCGACUUCGAGGUCGACUACCAACUCAUCUCGAGAUCGGUCCGCGACUGCGUUCCUCUUAACGUCGUCGUCGUCGUCGGCGUCGUCGCCACCGUCUGCGGAUUUCUGGUCCAAUGCAUCUCGGCUCACGUCUUCAGAAGAGCCUCCAGGACACGUACCGACUCUUUUCUCUACCACUGUCGUUCUCCUGGCUUCCCAUCCUUGCUCUCAAGGAAGUACUGA